GGCAUGUAUGCGUCUCUCUAUCCAUAAGUACAAAUAAUAAGAUACAGUGUAGUACAAUGCUACAAAAGUUAAGAAAGAUAUAGAGUAUCCUAUAACUGUACUCGUUCGUUGCAUUGAGUUGUAACAGCGGGGAUGACUGUUUCGGUCCUCUGACGUCACAUGCAUUCCCACAAUGCCAUAGUAACACGACUGCGCACUCGCUCUCGUGGACGCGCACCAGCAGACAGCCCAUCGCACACAGAGCAAACAUGGCGGGCGCCUCCGACCCUCUGGAAGACAUGCUCUUCUCCGAGGUGGACGAGAAAGCUGUGAGCGAUCUGGUGGGCUCGCUGGAGUCCCAGCUGGUGGGCCAGAGCGACCCGGCCAUCGCACCGCCCCAAAGCACCCAGUCGGGCUGUGGAAACACCCACCCGGGCAGCGCGAAGCAGCAGACGGGAGGAAAAGCGCUGCUGCCUGCCCGUUUAGACGCUCCAUCAGAACCACCACCACCACAACAACAACAACUACCACCACAGCAGCACGGGCGUGAAGCUGCAGGCAACCCGGAUUCUGACCCGAAAGAGCCCGGCGGGGACAAACACGCCAAAGCAGCGGAUAAGGAGAGCAGCCUGAAAUCACAUGGCAACAUCAUCACGAUCACUACAACGGCAACAGCAUCCUCCGACGGGGCAUCGGUUCCUGCGCCGGGCAACAAAGGUGAGAGUCCAAGGGACACCCGUAACAAACACCCGGCGAACAGUCGCGCGCUGCGCACAGCAGCAUCAAACAGUCUCAAUGGCAACGGAGGAAGCGCAGCAUCAGCACCAUCGUCCAGCGGAUCUUGCUCUCCGCCGCCCAGCACAGUGACCCUACCGUGCCCGAACAGCGCGACUUCAAGCGCGCCCAGUAACCCUCAAGCGAUCGCGCUGGACCGCAUGACGCCCACUAUCGCGCUGCAACGACUCCCGCGUCACAUCAUCGCCAGCAUCGCGCAGAACGGGAACGGCACCUCCGUGACCGCGCUGGUCCAGCAGGGCGCAGCGGGCGGUCAGGCGAACCACGGCAAACCCGCAGACGCGCCUGGGAAUAACGCGAAACCGGCGGGGCACUCCGGUUCCGCAGCCACUCCGGUGACUUCAGCGACUCCCGCCGCGCUCUCGGCACCUGUCAAACCCGCGGCCGCUGUCAGCGCGCCUCCGGUGACCCCGCUGAUCAGACCUGCGCAGACGCAGGCGCGUGCCGCUCCGCCUGCGCAGCAGAGACUCGUAACGCCGCAGCUCAUUGUCAGACCGCCACAACAACAAACAACUAUUCAACUGCCCCCUGGAUUCACCAUCCCACCAGGUAUGGUUCUGGUGAGAACAGAGAUGGGUCAGCUGGUCAUGGUUCCUCAACAGGCUCUGGCUCAGGCCCAGAACAGCAUCUCACCACGAGCAUCCACACCCGCCAGCGCAAGCACAUUCAGGGUCACCACCCCGCAGUCUCCCGUGAGCACUCAGGCCAUUCGACCUGCUCCCGCCGCUCAGACUAAAAUGGUCUCGUCCAGUUCUCCCAGCACCCCGGCCCAGACCAGCACCUCAACCAGUCCUGCUAAGACCCCCGUGGCAGCGGUCGUGGCAGUGACAGCUCCCCAGCAGGUCCAGCCAGCCUUGGGCCCUCAGGGACCCCUCACUCAGAUGCCACUGGCCCCGCAGAGCGCCGCCGCUCCGGCCCCCGGAGCCCCUGUUGUCUCCCAGGAGAUGCAAGAGAACGUGAAAAAAUGCAAGAACUUCUUGGCGACGCUGAUCAAACUGGCGUCCCAUAAUUCCCCGUCUCCUGAGACGUCCAAGAACGUGAAGGCGCUGGUGCAGGACCUGCUGGACGCAAAGAUCGAUCCCGAGGAGUUCACCAGUCGUCUGCAGUCUGAGCUGAAGUCGUCUCCGCAGCCUUACCUGGUCCCGUUCCUGAAGAAAAGUCUGCCCGCGCUGCGUCUGUCUCUUCUGAGCAGUCAGUCUCUGUCACAGCCGAUACAGGCGAAUAAAACCAGCGUGUCUCCCGUCCAGACGGUUGUCAGUGUUCGUCCACAGCAACCCAACAGCACCGGUCUACUGUCACCAGGCAUUAAGAGAGCAGCGGGUCCUGGGGCUCAGAUACGAAUGCCUGUGGUGGUCACGCAUACGGUGCGAGCGACAGGGACUUUAGGGAAGCCAUCAGCCAUCCAAACGGGCAGAGGCCCAGCGGGCAUCAACAUCCAGCUCUCAGGAAACCAUAAGAACAGGCCGAAUGACCCGGGGGGAGGCUCAUUCAGGGAUGACGAUGAUAUCAAUGAUGUGGCGUCUAUGGCUGGAGUCAACCUGAAUGAAGAGAGCGCUCGAAUUCUCGCCACAAACUCUGAGCUGGUGGGCACACAGAUCCGCUCCUGUAAAGACGAGGCCUUCUUACCUACAGGUCUGUUACAUCGACGGAUACUGGAGACAGCGAAGAGGUUUGGAGUGACAGAAGUGGCGCUGGAGGCGGUGAACUUCAUCUCUCACGCUACCCAGUCCAGAUUACGAACGGUUCUGGAGAAAGUUUCAUCCAUCGCCCAGCACAGAAUGGACUCGUGUAAGGAGGAUGAAUGGUACGAACACGCGUCUGAUGUUCGAGCUCAGCUGAAGUUUUUCGAGCAGUUGGAGCGGAUGGAGAAACAGAGGAAAGACGAGCGAGAGCGAGAGAUUCUCCUCAGGGCAGCGAAGAGUCGCUCGCGGCAAGAAGAUCCAGAACAGGCCCGUCUGAAGCAGAAGGCAAAGGAGAUGCAGCAGCAGGAACUCGCCCAAAUGAGACAGCGAGACGCCAAUCUGACAGCGCUCGCCGCCAUCGGCCCGCGGAAGAAACGGAAGGUGGAUUCACCCGGUGCUCCAACAACAGGCUCCGAGGUGUCUGGAAGUUCGGCAGGUUCUCCGGCCGGAUCGUCGGCUCCCUCCAGCUCAUCAAGGCAGUAUUCCCGACAGAGAAUAACACGCGUCAACCUCAGGGACUUCAUAUUCUACAUGGAGCAGGAGAGAGAGACGAAUCGAUCGCUGCUGCUCUAUCGCGCUCUCCUCAAGUAGCUAAAGCCAAGCAAACUCUUUACAGACACUACAGACGAGACGUUCAGCCGACGAUCGACUUUCCUUCAGCCGUGCCUUCAGCUCGCUUCACAUUCUGUGUCUGUGAUGUCGUCGUCGCUUUUGAUAGAAAACGACAGAAAAUCGUGAGAAAAAGGAAGAUGUCCAUCAUGUUUCCACUGUUAUGUGAUUCAAUGCAUUCAAUGUGUUCAUGAGAGUGAUUAUUUUAAGAUAAGAGAUGUCUGGCUUUGAGCCAUAUUGGAAGACGUUUUGUUUUUAUGUUUGUUUAUAGCGUGUAAAUGAAUCUCACUGCAAAAAAUCAUUUUCUUCAUCCAUCCAGCAGAAAUAUCUAUCAGCAUUUUAUUUACUUGAAGCUCAUUUGCAGAGAAUACCUUUUGCUUCUUGUUAUGGCCAAUUUGCACAUUUCUAUUUAUUUUUGAUCAUGUAAAAACAUCCCACUACAUUUUGCUUGAUUUUUGUUUAAUACAUUUCUGUAGAAUUGACAGUAUUACUGGCAGCAGUUUGCCAGUAACUUCCUGUAGAUUUACAUUUGUGUCAUUUACUGGCAACAGUUUGUUCAAAGAUAAAUGAACAUUAAACAUUAACAAGUCUUUAUCUUUACUGGAAAAAACUAUAAAAUAACAGCCUCACGCAAAGCAUUCUGGGAACUAAAAUUAGAAAAAUAAACAGAAAAAGGUUGAUGAGGAUUUCUGGAUCCCAGAAUGCUUUGCAUGAGGCUAGUUUCUUUUUUUGUAAAGAUAAAGAUUUGUUCAUGUUUGAUGUUCAUUUAUCUUUGAACAAACUGUUGCCAAUAAAUUAGAUGAAUAUAAAUUUACAGUAAGUUACUGGCAACUAGCUGCAUAAUUACAGCAAAAGGUUUUUUAUGAUUAUAAAUGUAUGAUUUUUAUGAAUUUUUUUUUUUUACGAUGUAAAAAAUGAUUUUUUGUCGUGGAUCUCAUGCUCGUGUUUUCCACAGAAAGCGCUUACAAUGAACGAUCUUUAAGACUCUGAAAUGUCUUGAAGUGAUCGAUGUGCUCUUGUUAAAGAAUUUCCUCUAAACUUUAUGCUGAAAACGUUUUUAAAAAGUCAUCAUUAGUGUCCAACCAAUUCACAGUAUUUCAACCCCCUUAAAAAAACUUUUAAGAAGAUACUUUAACAUACAAUCGCAAACCCUUUUAUCAGUGAGAUUUCAAUGUAAAUAUGUUUUAUGAUGUUUCUAACAGCAUGUAUAAAGGAUUUCCACAUGAUAUUUUAGCAGCAAAAUAAUGUCUUUAAAUCACAUCUGAAACAAAGAAAGAAAUCUUCCUACAAUUUAUCAUGAUGCUUUUAUCUUUCAUUGUGUUUUUAUAACUUUUCUAUGCGUCCAUAACAGACCAGUAGUGAUCCGAGCUACAGCAAUACAACACCAAAACUCAUCAGCACUGCUGGAUUUCUGCUUGUCUUCAUCAUAAAUUCAACAUUAACCAUUAUUUUAAUUAAUUUCCGUAAUGGGACGAUUUUUCACAUUUCAAAUCAAGCCCCGCUCACAAUACUAAACAGAGAAUUUCAAUUAGAGAAAACGUUCUGCUUUUUAUCACAUGCACUGAGAAGUCCAUUCUUAUGAUCAUUUCCAAAAUCUCACGUAUAAAUCUGGAUUUCACUACCUGGACUGUGUUUUUCCUGUCGUGUUUAGCAGGUUUAUUCUCACUCAGUUUUAUUUUCAUUCGUUCCUUGUAUGUGUGUCUGGUUUUCUUUUCAAGUUUGUUUUUCAGCAGCAGUGCAGGUUACUCUGAAAAAGUAAUGUAUUACUAGUUACUAAUUACAUAUUCAAUAGUGUAAUUAGAUUACUGUACAAAUGACUUUCUCCAAAAAGUACUUAAUUACUUAUUACUAAUUACUUUCUAUAUCCUAUAUAUCAACCUUGAUUAGUUAAGUGAUUCAAGAAUGAUUUAAUUCAUUCAAAUAAAUAAUAUAAAACUACAUAAAAGUAGUUUUAUCAACUGACCAAAGUAUUAAAAAUGUGAAGGUUAUCUAUUAAAGCAGGGAUUUUAAAGUUAAACUUUGAAUUUUGAUGUCAAUUCCACUAUUGCACACACAUAUAUAACACACAGUAUUUAGUUUAAUUGCAUCAAAAGUAACUAAUUAAAUUACAGAAAAAAUAAAGAGUAAUCCCUUACUUUACUUUUUCAAGGGAAAAGUCAAUAAAUUACAGUAACUAAUUACAUAGUAACUAGUUACACCCAACACUGUUCAGCAGUAGCAGGUGUUAUUCAUGAGCUCAGUGACUUUAGUGUCCUACAGACCAACUCGAAUCAUUUUGUUAGGGUUCGCUCUACACGAUGUCAUGAGAGGUCAAGUUCUGUGUGACCUUUCGGCGUACCGACCCAAUCACAUCCAGAAUGUCAGACCCCCUCUCUCUCUCUCUCUCUCUCUCUCUCUAUGCACCAUGAAUCCUGUUGCUUUGUGUGUUUGUGUAAAGAUGUCCAAAAAUGAAUGAACUCACAUUGAAGUUUGUUAUUGAUAUUUGAUUGUUUUUGUCUUUAGUGUUUCUGAUGUCCAGCAGAAAUGUGUGUGUAUGUGUCCAUGAAGCACUAGAAGGGAGUUCUUGUUUUAUAUCUAUUUAUAUUGAACUGUCAUUUGCGUCCACGUUAGCCAUGUUUCAGGCAAUACACUUCGUCCCCCACAUUCGACAGUGCGACUGUCGAAAACAAAGCACAAAUGUAUUUGUUGGGUUGUUUAAAAUACUUUUUUCUUAUGGUUUAUGUUUCUGCUGGAGAGUCUUUCUAUGACUUACGCUUUGUAGCCAAAAUAUUAUUAGGACUCUAUUCUCUUCAUAUUGUAUUACUGAUGUGCACAGCUGGAGUUUAAUGUUUCAAUAUAUGGAUAAUUUGUAUAUAUUGUUUACAAGACUUUGUGUUUAUUAGAACUCUUAUUUUUGGUAAAUUCUGUACAUAUCCUGAAAUAUUUCUGUUUGUGUCAACAUACUUCUGUAUUUGUACCUAUUUUGUAAAGGAAUAAAUAAGCUGUUUACUAGACUUAACAACUUUGCUUAUGUGAGCUGCCCAGCAUUUCAUCAUACUUCAAAAUGAAUCAUUCUCAUUUUAUUGUUGUAUACACUAUAUGUAUUUUUUGCAAAACAAAAGUCAGGAUUACACAC